UCAUUCCGAAAAAAAACCUCCCCUCGGAGCGCACGGCGCCGCCUCCGUCGGCCAUUGCAGCAUCGCUGCAGCUCACUCUCCUCCGAAUCCAGUCGCCUCGUCAGAGUGAAAGGGCGUAAGAUGGUGCUGCAGCGAGCGGUGACGGAGUGCCCCAAGAAGGUUGCGGGGCUGGUGGACCUGGUGAACCUGCCGACUGUGUUGCGGGAGUUCGCAGGUGGGCGGUCCCAGAUGUCCCACAUAUCCUUCUUCCUCCGCAAAUGGUCUCACAUCAAGGAACACAACCUACAGGACCCAACGAAUAAGAAUAUUGUUAACUGUGAUGAGAAGUUGAAGACUGUAUUAUUGGGGAGGUCCAAAGUGCAGCUCUUUGAACUCCCAAUGAUUGUUAAGCUUCAUUUCCCAAAAGCUCCAAAGUCAUGACAACAUUAAUUUAGAGGUACUGUAAAUUAAAACUUUUUGGAAACUGGAUAGAUAUAUGUUUGUCUGGGAUAGAAGGAAUCAUGUAUGUGUUGCUUUACUAAAAUUUCCAUUUAGGCUUAGCGACGGAAUCCUGUAUACGUUGCUUUGCUGAAAUUUCCACAGAUAUGCUAAGUACUGCAAAUGAUACAUUGAGUUUUGUGAUUA